AUGAUUGACAAAGGCAAUAUCGCACAAUAUACUAAUGUUGACCGAAAAAUUGUCCUUGCGCUAAAAGCCAGGGCAUCUUUAAUUCCUGAGAAUAUUAAGCAAAGUUGGUAUGAAAUGGCUGCAAAGUAUUUUCUGUAUUUUGAUCAUUGUGCUGGAUACUGGCCUUUUGAAGAAGUAUUAUGCCACAUAUUACAAGAGACAUUGUACAGCCCAAGAAGGAAGAUUUUGCUUAUUGAAGUGCAACCAUUAGCUGAAGACAAUACAAAAGACAAUGAUAAUGGUGUUCAGGUUGUCACUGAUGAAAUUGACAAAGAAAUAGCUUGUCCGCAAGCUUUAAAAAAGCGCAAUACCAAAAAUCUUCCCAAAAAACAUAAUCUGAGUAGGCACAUGAUGGUAUAA